AUACAGACGCCGACUUGCGGAGCCUCCAGUCCGCCUGGUGGCGGUGUGUCCUCGGUGUUCGCGGCCGGCUGGAGGCGUCGAUAAGACGGAAGGGCACCGGAUGUGGACCUGAAACACAGCGGAGCAGCAGCACGAUCAGCUCUCUGGUGAACAUGGGCCGCCACUUUGGAGACUUAGCCAAGAUCAGGCAUAUAGUCACAUAUGGUCUGUCCCCCUUUGAGCAGAGGGCUUUCCCCAAAUACUUCUCCAAGGGAAUCCCCAAUGUGUGGAGACGGUUCUCGGCCUCUUUCUUCAAAGUUGCCCCCCCAAUGACCCUCAUGUACGUGACAUACACCUGGGGCAACAGCGUCCACCAGCAGGGCAAGAGGAAGAACCCCGCUGACUACGAGAAUGACGAAUAAACGCCUCUCACCUUUCUGAAAGCUGUCCUCUGUUAUUAAUUCUAACUCUGUAUGUUUCACCAAUAAAAAUGAAAGAUAUUUA